GUGGGCGGAGAGGAGCGGCGGCGGCGAACAUGUUGGCUUUUGGCUGCGGUUCCAGUGUAGUGAUGUGCCGGCUGGAAGAGGAACCGAGCGACGCGUAGAGGACGUGGACUGAGCGGCUGGACGCGGAACGCAUUCCUCGGCUUUCUGUCAUUUUUAAAGCCCGCUUGUGUUUUUUUUACGGGGAUGUAUUUCUUCAACGCGCCGAAAGAGAUUUGAAGGAAGGAGCAGGAGCCGUGGAGCGGGUUUUCAAGACGCAGCAGCUGCCGUGCGUAACACACCAGAUCUGCUCCGUGCUCAUUUGAAUGAGAAUAGUUGGCUUUCAGUUUUGUUUAAGGAAGCCUAAUUGCUGGAAGUGAGCGCGCAUGGUAAACUGCUGUCCGUGCGUAAAAUCGAUGUUUUAAUGACAUUUGGGAUUUGAAAGCUGCAGCAAGUGAAAGUGAGGCGAUCUCCAUGUGUCAAUAUUGACAGGUGUUAUCAACCUUUCAUUCACUAGCGGGUCUGUUCGUGUAUUUAACACAUCGUGGACUCAUUUGUAACCAAAAGCUGCGCCAUGGAUCAUCCACGUUCUUGUUUAAUCCUGCAGUUUUAACACACGUUGAUGGGAACAACCUUAGGAUGCGUUUGAGGCGCCGGGUGGGAAAGUAACCAUCACUCCAGUGUCCUCUUCCCUCCCGAGUUGUAGCAGCCAAAAUGACAAGCAACGGACCUGUCAUCGUCUUCGAGUGGCUGAAGACCCUCCAGCUCGCCCAGUACGUCGAGGCGUUCGUGGAUAACGGAUACGACGACCUGGAGGUCUGCAAACAGAUAGGAGACCCCGACCUGGAUGCCAUCGGCGUCUACAUCCCCCACCACCGGCAGAGGAUCCACGACGCGGUGAGGAGGCUGAAGGAGGACGCCAAAGACACGGCGAGCGCGCUCUACUUCACCCUGGAGCCGAUGCCACCCGCGGCCGAGAUUUAUACCAGUCACAUGGUGGACCAGUACGAGUCCAAACUGCGCGGGUCCAAGUCCUGGACCGAGCCCAACAGUGACCGGGUCGGGCGCACCGGGGGCUACGUGGGCGCGCAGCGGAACCUGACGCUGGGCAACAGGAGGGAGCUGGUGAUUUACCCCAAGCUGAAGCUGAAGAUCAUGAUCAGGGAUAAACUCAUCAGAGAUGGCAUCAACCUGGCCAAGCCGCCGUAUUCUAAUAAGGAUGGUUCUCUGGGCAACAUAGAUGACCUUGCACAGGAGUACUCUGAGUACUACAACACCUGCUUCGGUGACGUCAGCGAUCGUGUGGAGGAGCUGCGCAAACGACGAGUUUCCCAAGAGCUCGACAUGGAGAAACAGGACUCGAGCAGCACGUCUCUGCAGCUCCGUAAUGAAAUCCAGGAAUCAUUAGGCUUCAGCAGUGAGGUGUCGACUCCUGAAACAGACAGAAAAAUGUCGCUGCACAAGUCCAGCUCUGAAGAUGGAUCAGCAGGCAAAUGGGACAACAAGAAGAAGAACAAAUCUUUUUGGCAGAACUUCCGCAAGUCUCCGCAUAAACCCAGCAUGCGACAGGCGUCCAAAGGAGAGGACAUCGGCUACGUGGCCAGCGAGAUCACCAUGAGCGACGAGGAGCGGAUCCAGCUGAUGAUGAUGGUGAAAGAGAAGAUGAUCACCGUGGAAGAGGCCCUAGCUCGGCUGAAGGAGUAUGAGCACGGCAAACAGUCCUGCAGUACUGACGCUGCAGAGUGCACUGACGGCCCUGCACCCAAUCUAAACCAGUCCUCAAACUGCAACUCUCGUGAACAGUCAGAUGAGGAGCAAUCAGAGGACUCUGUGAAGUUCAAGCGGCUUCACAAGCUGGUGAACUCGACACGCCGGGUCAGGAAAAAGCUCAUCAAGGUGGAGGAGGGCAAGAAACAUGGCUCUGAAGAUUUUCUGAAUCUGGACUCACCUCUCACCUGUGAGGACAACACAGCUCUGUACACGGGGGUCCUGAAGAAGCCUCCUCUGCCCCAGGAGGCCUCUCUGCCCUCCCUCACCCAGGAUCAGCUGUCUCUGGACGGAGACACGGACAGUCUGACCACCUCCCCUUCCUCCAGCAGCUUGGACACCUGGUCCGGACACAAGCUGGUCAAAACCUUCAAUAAGUCAUCCAGCAACCACGGUCUCAUCCGGCCGCCCAGGAGGACCCCGGUCGGCUCUGGCGUCCUGGGAGGUUCCAUCUCCGGCGUCGGAGGCAGCGGCUCUUCCUUCUCGGAGUUGGAUGGCUGUGGAUUGGACGACGAGGGGAAACUGUCACGCUCCACGACCGACGGCGAGAUGCGGAAGGCCCUGAGCUCCAUCUCCCAUGGGAGAACGUGCAGCUUCGGAGGCUUCGACCUGACCAACCGCUCGCUCCACGUGCUCAACGCGGGCUCAGAGGCCAACAAUAGAGAACAAGAAGCUAUCUACAGAGAAGUGGUGAAAUCGCCCACGACGUCCCGGAUCUCGCUGGGCAAGAAGGUGAAGUCGGUGAAGGAGACGAUGAGGAAACGCAUGUCCAAGAAGUACAGCAGCUCCUUGUCCGAGCAGUCCAGUCUGGACGGAGCCCCCGGUUCCCCCCAGUCCCCCCAGCCCGACACCGACUCUCUGGAGAAGCCGAAGCUCAAGGCCGGCGGCUCGGUGGAAAGUCUGCGCAGUUCACUCAGCGGACAGAGCUCAAUGAGUGGUCAGACGGUGAGCACCACCGACUCAUCGGCCAGCAACAGAGAGAGCGUGAAGUCGGAAGAUGGCGACGACGAGGAGCCGCCGUACAGGGGGCCGUUCUGUGGUCGGGCCAGGGUCCACACCGACUUCACCCCCAGCCCCUAUGACUCCGACUCCCUCAAGCUGAAGCGCGGCGACGUGAUCGACAUCAUCAGCAAGCCGCCCAUGGGGACGUGGAUGGGCCUGCUCAACAACAAGGUGGGCACCUUCAAGUUCAUCUACGUGGACGUGCUGAGCGACGAGGAGGAGAAGCCCAAGAGGCCGGUGAGGAGGAGGAGGAAGGGCCGACCACCCAAGCCCACCUCGGUGGAGGACCUGCUGGAGCGCAUCAACCUCAAGGAGCACAUGCCCACGUUCCUGUUCAACGGCUACGAGGACCUGGACACGUUCAAGCUGCUCGAGGAGGAGGACCUGGACGAGCUGAACAUUAAAGACCCUCAGCACAGAGCGGUACUGCUCACUGCUGUAGAGCUGCUGCAGGAGUACGACAGCAGCAGUGAUCCGGAGCGCAGCGGCCUGUCGGGCUCCCAGGAGAAGCUGCUCUCCGAGGGACUGGGCCUGGUGGGAGACUCCCCGCGGGACUCCGGCUGCUACGAGAGCAACGAGAACCUGGAGAAUGGUAAGAGCAGGAAGACGUCCCGUUCCAGUCGUUCCUCGGCGGGGCUCCAGUCUCCAGACUACCCCACCCUGCCCAUGACCCUUUCAACUGAGGCUCUGCAGCAGAACGGCAAGAACCAGCGCACAAAGUUCUCGAAGAGCUUCUUCAUCAAACCCUCCCUGAAGGGCUUCAACCUGCUGGGGCUGCGCAAAGCCCCCAGACGCUCCCCGAUCCCAGCAAGCCGCAGCUGCGAGGACCUGGACGGACCCCCGCAGCCCACUGGACCCUGGAAACGCUCCCACUCUCUGGGAGACCUGCACUGGGAGCAGACUUAUGAGCAGAAGAAGGAUCUGGGCCUGGAGGUUAAACCCCCCAUGGAAAGACCCAAAUCAGACAGCAGUAACGCAACCAAGGUCUGCAGAGGGGAGGGGUCCCCAGCUCUGAAUGGGACUCCACCAGUGAGCCCUAAAGGAAGGGCUGAGAGACCACCCAUACCUUCCCAGCUGCCUCUCCGGCCCCCUUGUCCCACACCCCAGUCCCCUACUCACCCAGAGUCCUUCUCCAGUCCUACUCCCAGUCCCCCAUACUCCAGUGGGGAGAGGGUGAUCCGGACUCACCCCAAAAAGCCCCCUGUCCCACCCCCCGUUCCUGCCAAAAAGUCCAGGGAAAGACUCGCCAAUGGCCUCCGUCACUCCCCUCUCUCCCUGCCCUCCUCUCCGUCCCCCACCCCCUCCCCGACCCACUCCCUCACCCGCUCUCACCCGAGCAGCCCCCAGAUCCGAAGUAGCAGCAGCAGCCCCUGCCCCCCCGCUCUGCCCGCCAAGUCCCCGAGCACCCCGGCCAGCCCCUGCACCACCUCAUCGGCCUCGUCGUUCAGCGAGGAGUCGGGCACCCCCCCGGCGGUCCAGCCUCCCUGGCUCUCGGACCUCGGGGGCAAAGUGUCUGUUUCCAGAAAACUCUCCCAUAACAAAAUGAGCUGUGACCUGUUCACCCUGCUGGAGCAGCGGCUGGAGGCCGAGGGCAUCGACCUGACGGAGGAACCCUACUCUGACAAGCAUGGCCGCUGUGGGAUCCCCCAGCCGCUGGUGCAGCGUUACUCUGAAGACCUGGAGCAGCCCGCGAAGGACGUGGCCUCCACCAUGGACCAGCUCCGAGUCAAAGAGCUGCGUAAACAACACCGCAUGGCUAUCCCGUCUGGAGGUCUGACCGAGAUGUGCCGAAAGCCCCUCCCCUCGGGUAACAUCAGCACAGUCCCCGAUUGGCUCGUCUCCAUCGGCCUGCCCAUGUACGCCGCCCCCCUUGCGGCGGCGGGCAUCGACACGCUGGGUCGCGUGGCCUCGCUGACGGAGAGCAGCAUGUGGGAGGCUGGCGUCCGGGACCAGAGACACGUCCGCCGGCUGCUCAGCGAGGCGAGAUCGGUCGGCGGGCCCAGAGAGGUGAAGUCCUAACCACGUGGGCGGAGUCCGGGUUGGAUAACAGGUGUCGACUCACUGGUCAGUACCGCCUCCUUUAAAGAUGGCGGCUGAAGGCAAAGUGGCCACGGGACUGAACUGAACCCCCAGGCGACUGCAGGACUUCCUGUCUCGUGUCUGAAGACUCAAAGUGGAGCCGUCGUGCUCUCUGAUGAUUUUUGUCCCCAUCACUCUAACUUUAUGAAAUGUUUACGCCACUGAGGAGUUUCCCCUCAACAGCCACGACAAGCUAUCAGAGGCCUUUUUGAAGAUUAGAUUGUAGACUGUGGGAUGGCUUCCAUUCUGCAGACGCCCUCAAAGUCUUAAAGUAAAGACUUGGAUCUGCCUUUUAAGGAGGAUAGCACACUCUUUUGUAGGAUGGAUGAUCUCUUUCCUUUUUUCUAAAUACAGAGAGACGGUUUAUCUCCUGCCUAUUUCAUAAGUGCUUCAUUUUCACCUCCUCUCGUGGUGAAGCAGCAUUAUCCGAGUGGUUCCCUAAAGACGAGGCCAGAACUCACCCUGGACUUCUAAUCCACUGAAGACAAACAAAGGAGGAAGAGGUGGUUUGGAGAUGGCCUAUUUUGUAUUAUGUCUCUGUAAUAUAGCAUAAUGAAUACCUUCAUUUAAAAAAAAAAAAACGAUUUCUAUGUUAAAAGAACAUUUGUGUUUUGCCUUUUGAAUGUUGCAGCUCUCAGUCGUUUCUAAGCUGAAACAGCCGACAUCCCAUCGCUACCCUUAUGUUUCACAUUAUAUCCAGUUCCUCGGAUGCACCUCCAGUAUGAACACGAGCACAAACAGAAAGCUCUGUUUCUCGCUCCAGGUUUUUCUCACACAAUUAGCUUCUCACAGCGACAAAUACCCCUAUGUAUACAUGGACGUUUUUUAAAUUGCCUUAGCAAUAUGAACGAAUGGCUGGAAGAGAACAUACAGUAGAGUUGACUGAACUGUGCUGAAUGUGUCUGAGGAGUAACCGAGGCGCGGAUUUUGCAAACGCACGCCAGAUAAAUCGCGAAGCCCAGACGAUGAAUCACAAAUCUACGGGGAGGAGGCGACACAAGUCCUCACCGCUCGAGCACAAGUUCACAGGGAGGGAGGAGAGAGUGAGAAUGUUCCAAAGACGCAGCUGAUAACUGGAUUUUGGGGGAUUUUUACAGACUCUCUACACAUGAAAAAUUAGCUUCACAGCUGGAUAAUAAGCUGUUUUGGGACUUUUUUCUUUUUUUUUGAACACAUUAUACUGUAGCUGUAAUUGUUGCCAGUGGGAAACUCUUCACUGGGCGCUGCGGGUGGAAGGUGGGAGCAGUCGUAUCAGGUGACCUCCGAGGUCGGCACACGGUUUCACACUCUAUGGUCUUGAGGAAUCAGGGAAACACAGACUGUACAGGGAAACGCUGAGUCAGGUCGGUCUGUUGCAGAAACAACUACUUUGGGCCAAAAAUCUACAAACUUAACACAACCAGAAUCUCUUUCAUUUGCACACAAUUGAUCUAACAAUACAUUUUUCUUUGUGUAGUCUUUUCCCCCCCCCUCCCAGUAAAGUUCGAUCUUUUACAACCAGAACUGAACUGGUUAUUCCACAGAUUUCAUAUUUGAAAAAGAAAUUGACCAAGUGUUAUUGUUAAUGUUGUUUUUUUUUUUGCAGUGGGCACUUGAUAGAUAGAUGUUUGAUGCCUUUUUCUUCUUCUUCAAUCAAAGUGGUGCUCUGGGAAAGUGAGGACGGGGGGGGGGGGUCACUAUUAGAGAAAAAAAGUGUUUUGUAAUGAAUGAGAAUACUGACACUGUAAAUGCACUUUAGAGGGUAAAUCUAGCUGUUUUUAUAGGUUGAAAUUGGCUUCAUUUAAUGGACAUUCGUUGUCAGGUAUUAUAAAAGGGUUUCAGUGGGUAACGCUGGUAUUUUUUAAUUUAGUGUUGAGUUCCCAAUGCCAAGUUUGAAUAACCAUUCACGAGUUAACCAGUUCCAGUGACUUACUUCCAGUUUGUUUUUGCAGUCUUAUAAAAAAAUACAAAUUCUUGAUUACAUAUACGAAAUGCUUAGUAGAAGUUGCACAUUCUGUAUAUGUAAUUGAUAUUUAAUUAAUAACUUAUUAUUUUGCUCUUUUUUUUUCCACAUCAACUGUAAUUAGCUGUACUAUAUGAAUAGCAAUACCUUCCUGCAUAAUGCAUAUUGCUUUAGCCAGUGAGGAGCUGCAGUAUGUAAUGUAAAAUAUGUGUACAAAUUAUUUUAUUUGGUUUUCAUCUGCCUAAUGAUUGUCCAUACAGAUUUGCUUGUGUAUUGAAACAACAAAAGUAAUGUCCAUAACUAUUUGUCAUUCUUAAAUAUAAUAAAAAACUGUUUCUUGCCAAA